AUGUGGGACUGGUUCGACGGUCUGCAAGUACUUGGGGAAGUGUGGUAUCAGUUUUCUGUGGUGUGUGCGAGUUCCUUAAUAACAUUGAUGGAUUCUGUAGAUGAGAUUGCGCAAGGCUUCUCUAAUGCCUUGGUGAUUUCAGAAGAGGAGGCCAUUGAGAUUGUGAGUUUGGAAGAUCUAGACAGUUUGCGAGUCGAGCGGUUCUUGCUGGUGGGUCAUUUGCUCACGCCAAAGGCCUUUCAUCAGGAUUCCUUGGUUGGGACCAUAAAGUCGAUUUGGCAUACGCGUGAAAGGUUUACAGUCGUGCCUCUUGAUGACCCUUACUGUAUGCUUUUCUCUUUCCAGAAUGAUUACGAUCGAAGCAAAGUAAUGAAGGGUGCUCCAUGGACUUUUGACCGAUCCCUUUUGGUUUUGGCAUUCACUGAUGGCAACGUGGAUCCCAUGACAGUCCCGUUGGAGAUACAAAACUUCUGGGUUCGAAUCAGACGUAUCCCACCAAUUUUCUUAACUCCGGCUUUGGGUGAAAAUAUUGGUAAUUAUAUUGGCAGAUUUGUGGCGAUUGAUAAAGGGAUGAAUGGGGAUUGCUUAGGGAGUUUUCUAUGUGUGCGAUCAAUGCACCGUUAA